CAAAGAGACGAGUCUUGAGUCUGGCCGUACAGAGCAUCAUCACGCGUCAGUCGCUUUUGGCCCUCAGUGUCAUAACGAGACAUUCCCGAUUCCGCCAAGCCCGCCGUUCCGCUGCCAUUGUUCUGUCAUGGCUUCUGCGGAUGUGCUCUCGGACUCGUACAUCACACUGACGCCCACGGCGGCGUCCAGCAGCCAGAGGGGAGGCGCGCACUCAGCGCCAGCCAGUGACGUGCUGGCCCGCAAACGGGCGGCGGCCGCAAAGCGCAAAGCCUCGAUGGAGAUCAUGAAGGUGAACGAGCCGGAGCCUGAAGACGACACUGACCGGGACUCGUCUCGAACCGAGACUGAUCGCAGCUCGGAAAUCGGCAACGGUGACACCACUAGCACAGACGGAGACGACGUCUCCACUAGUUCGAUAGUGAUUCCAGAUUCGGACGAAGAGGACGAGGAAGACAAGGAAGAAGAAGAAAGUGAAAACGAAGAUGUCAUACCAACCUACGUGUGUGAACUGCAUGACCCCAAGCCAGUGCUUGUCGCCGAGCAGAUUCCAUGCAACCGCGUAGACAUCAAUUCGUGUGAGGCGAGCAACGGAAUUACAGAUACCUUGCUGUUCCGUUAUGAGAUUUCAGUGGGGCGUGCACAGCAAACGUUUGAAUGCUCGCCGUCCAGAGCGUUGGAAGUAUUUAAAAAGCUCUCUAGAGACAAAAAGUGUGCAGAUCAGCUGCGGUUCAUCGAGGUGAACUGCCUAAAGGACGGAUUGAUGGGAUCACUGAAGCGGAUGUACGUGUCCCCAGAACAGAUCUCGAUGGAAGUAAAGGACGUACUGGAGGCCAUUUCGGACGUGGACCCAGUGCUCAUGAACGCCACGUAUCUUGAUCUCGUGGGUGCAACGAAGGGGUCGACUUUGUCGCGAGAAAUCGAGAAGCUUCUGGAGUCGCACAGCAAGGCACCAGGGGCCGAUGCGCCGUGUAUGUGCGACACCUACUACAAGUCAGUAAAGCGCUACGGCGACUUCUUCCGCGAACAAGCAGCAACUGCUAACAACCAGUACCGCCAGUCGACUGUAGCCAGUGAGACUCUCAUGAGAUCCCGCGGUGUGCUAUCGUACUAUACAGACACCAUUUAUAUCUUGGACAAGCGUGAGUUUCGCCCAUUGCAUGGACUCAAGCUGUGCAACGUGUACGGCUUCGGUCGCCGCAAACUAUUCGAGAUCGUGCGUGUGUCCCGCAAGCAGUGGUCGAUACGCCAUGUAAACUACGGCGAAAUCUACACAUUGUCGUUGAAGAAAUACGCCGGUGGCGUACAUCACAUGGUGGCGGUGAAGCGCAUGGUUCCCGACGUGCAGAAGGGAGGGCUACGACAGGAGAACGUGUGUUUCGUUAAGAAAUCCAAGAGCCAGGGGUAUCGUUGCCUGCUCAACUCUGAGGUGAUAUCGCAGGGUAAAGUCACGACGUCCAUUUCGAUCCAGAAGCCCAAGUCGCCCCCAGGGGACCCCAACUUCCACUACAUGACCAUGAGCGAGGUGUCCGGUCCGUCGCGUGCGUCGAUUUGUAGCAGUACGCUCAGUGUCCCGUGCGAGCGCUACAAAAACGUCCAGCGUUUGAAUGUGAGCGGUGGCAGCGACAUCGUGACGUACAUUGCACUGGCCGCGAGCUACGACAUUCUUGUCGGCGCCCUAAGCUACUGGAUGGAGCGCAAAUAUUGAGAGCGCUAGUAUUAGAUCCUGGGGUUGAAGCGAGGUGUAAGUAUAAGGUGUCCAAAUAUUCAAAAGUGCUCAAAAAUUGACGCUCAUUUCGUAUCCGUAUGACACCCGGUCGCUAAACGAAUGUGUCUGGCAAAGAGAAUCCAUGACAUCCGUCCUCAUUGACAAUUGGGCAACUACAAAGAAAUGUUUUGGUGGUGAGGAUCUC